AUGGAGGAACCAUUCUUACAAGAAUUACCUGGACCGCAAGACCUGCAGGGGCUUGGCCUCGAUGAGUUCGAGCUCCUGAAGACUGAAGCUAAGGUUGAGAUUUAUCAUGAGAUGCGAGGGCAGGAUGAGUGCGCUCAGCUUACCGAGGAUAACUUGCUCAGUCAAUACUUGCGCAAUGUUAACACGAUCGACUUGUUUCACGACCUUUUGAUCUUGGUCAGUCUGGUGACGGUAACCUCAAAGAGUGAGAUCGUCGACACUGGAUCGCUGAACGCAUAUAUCUGUUUCUUCACCCUUCUUUGGUUUACCUGGCUGCAAUCAGUUGUAUUCGACAUUCGGUUUUCCACGGAAACCAUGCUUCACUUUGCGCACAAAGCAGUAUCAUGUGCAAUGAUGGCUAUGUUCGUCGUAUAUGCUGUCACAUACGACAUGAUCAGCGUCAAAUCCACCGCUGAUGGACCCAGAGCACUUUCACUGGUACUAAUGGUAUCGAGAGCAACUUUGGCCCUACAAUAUUCUGUAGCACACUGGCGAGCUUCCGAGCGCAAUGAAAACAGGUUUCCGUCGUUGUUCACCAUUGUUGGCUUGACAGUCUCAACGUUAGCGUACCUGCAAGUCUCCCUGGGAAUGCAUUCGGACUACGAACGAUUCUCAAUCUGGUAUAUCUGGGAAUUGGACAAUCUCAAGACGAAACGUUUAUUCGACAGACUCGGCAUGUUGACCAUUAUUAUACUGGCAAAGGGAGUCCUGGCUUUGUCACGGACGACCUACAGACUUUUUAACGAAUUGAAUUGGACAGCUACUGACCAUUACGGCGAGCUUAUGAGCGCGUACUUCAUCUCGGUUCUUUACUUCAAGAACGUCAAAAGCGACAAUUUAGACUCGUUGCGCCAACCACUCUGGAUGAUGUUGCACUAUCCGCUACACGUUGCUACUUUGCUCAUUUUGGAAGGUUCAAGUAUGUCGAUACUAAUGAGAACGGUCAGCCAGAUCUCUCGCGCCUGGGGAGAAUUGCAUCCUUUGCAUGAUUAUCCAGACUGGAAGACAUUCUUUGCUGGUUAUUUGACAGAACGAGAAAUUGUCUCUGAUGUCAAGGAAGAUAUGGACACAUUGUUCGAAAUGACUUUCAGAAAUGGAACGAGCUUACUCAAUUGGUACGACCACAGCUUGGAUGCUCAGAAUUUCAGAAACAUCGCCUAUCCCUUUAAAUCACCGAGAUGGCAAGCUGAGGCUGCUAAAAAGAUCAAUGAGUUAUGGGUUGGGGUCGAUCGCACCAUAUUCGCUAGAUUUGGUAUAGAUGAAUGCGCCGUACUCGACUGCACAUCGCUCGAGUUCGGAAAAGAAGCGAACCAGCAGCAUGGAAGAGAGGCCGCAUUUCGACUCCUUUACAUCGCCGCGGGUUCCCUGCUUGUCAUCCUCGCACUAAUGUCCACACCCACCAUGGGGGAAAAGGUUCACAGGCAAAAGAUUUGGUUGUCCACUGCGAUAAAAAUGACCGUUGGAAUAUCAUUCCUGGUGCCCUUCGGCUCCAAUUGGAUCCACUCUGCGAGCGGCAAUGGGCUCUCGUUCAGUCCGUGGACGUUAAUGAUAGUCACAUUCGGUUACUUUACUGUGAUUGCGUGCGACCGCUGGAUCAAUUCAUCUGCUUGUCAAAGGCGGUCGACUGGUGGAUUUCCGAAUCCUCCCGAGUAUGUCGAGUAUGUCUGA